CGGGCUCUCAUAUCUAGAGUCGUGCACACAUGGGUUGAUCAUUCACCCGGGCCUCCAGCCAAACACGGCUGUGUAACGCGAUGCUUCAGAGACACGGCCAGACAAUGAUGCACUUCAACAACACUUUAUCAGCAAAACUUCAUAAACUAUAUAUUUAACGCUGACAGGAGAAUUGCAAACCUGUAUUUACUGUGUAAACUCGUUAAUGCUGAGUUCCCAAACGUCCUUCAUGGGUCUGUGUCACCCAAACCUGAACAUCCAGUUUCACUCAGCCAGACCAGCAUAAAGCUCAGUGCUGGUGGACACGUCCAUCUCACACUCAGGACAGAGAGACUCGCGGGAACACAAGAUGGCUCAUUAUAAUUCACCAUUAUCAGCGUCUCCAUCAGACGAGGUCAAUCUGGGUGUGUCUGUCAAUCCUCAUGCCAAACCCACCGACUUUGACUUUCUGGCUGUGAUUGGUAAAGGGACAUUUGGGAAGGUGCUCUUAGCCAAACUGAAAGCAGACGGGAAGUUCUACGCAGUGAAGGUUUUGCAGAAGAAGGUUAUAUUGAAGAAAAAAGAGAAGAAUAUAAUGGCGGAGAGGAACGUGCUGCUCAAGAGCCUCAAACACCCCUUUCUGGUCGGCCUGCACUACUCCUUCCAGACCACCGAGAAGUUGUACUUUGUCCUGGAUUAUGUCAAUGGUGGAGAGCUGUUUUAUCACCUGCAGCGAGAGCGCUGCUUCUCAGAGGCCCGAGCUCGCUUCUACUCCGCCGAGGUGGCCAGCGCCAUCGGAUACCUGCACUCCCUCAAUAUAGUGUACAGAGAUCUCAAGCCGGAAAACAUUCUGCUAGACUACCAGGGCCAUGUGGUGUUAACAGAUUUUGGUUUGUGUAAAGAAGGCAUAGAACCAGAAGGAACCACCACAACUUUUUGCGGCACUCCAGAGUAUCUGGCACCCGAGGUGCUCCGGAAAGAGCCGUACGACCGCACGGUGGACUGGUGGUGUCUUGGAGCGGUGCUAUAUGAGAUGCUCUACAGCUUGCCUCCGUUCUACAGCCGCGAUGUGUCUGAGAUGUACGAUGCGAUCCUGCACAAGCCGCUGCACCUGCCGCCGGGGAAGUCCGAGGCCUCGGGACACCUGCUCCACGCACUCCUGCAGAAAGACCAGCGCCGCCGCAUCGGAGCCAUUGCUGAUUUUUUGGAGAUUAAAAAUCAUCUGUUCUUUGCCCCUAUAAACUGGGACGACCUCUACCACAAGCGCAUCACGCCUCCGUAUAACCCCAAUGUGAGAGGCCCUGCAGACCUUCAGCACAUUGACCCAGAGUUCACCCGAGAGAUGGUGCCGAACUCAGUGGGCCGAACGCCCGAGCCCACGCCCAGCCUGGCCACCAGCAGCUCCGGCGCCUUCACCGGCUUCUCCUACAUCUCUGGGGAAGAUGGCUUCCUCUGACCGGGGACGUUCCCGCACCGCCAGCUCAGCGAGAGCGCAUGCUUCU